AUUUCUACUGCCAAAAGGAGCUUCCAAUCCCCACCUGACCUGCCACAGAGCCUUUCCAUGCAGGAUUUAACAGGCACUUUGUGUGCUGACGAUUGUAUUACCUCUGGUUAGUCCUUCAGAGAUUAGGAUAACAAUUUUCACAGGAUUUUAAGGAAAGAUUAUCAAGCCUGUUUUUCACAAAGUGUUUAUUAACAGCUGGCAAUAACUUCCAGUGUUGUAUAGGCUCUGAAGAUAAUAAUUUUUGUCAUGAGAGAUCAGACUUGGUGGAUGAUGGUGUGCUUAAAAUGAGACAUGACCUUUAGAUGUUGCAACUGAAUGAAGAGCAGCCAGACCUGCUGGAAGUCAGCAUCCAUGAUGCAGGGGCUCUGCUGGCAGGUGGCAGCAAAGAUGAGCCUGGGAUUCCUGUGUCUCUUUCUGGUUUUCAGCACAGAGCUGCCUGCAAAGUCCCUGGACCUGGCUGCCAUUAACCUGACAGAGCUGGUGAACGGGAUGCUGAGCACUGCACUCAGAGGUACCAAGAAACUCUUCUCUUUGCUGAGCAUCACCUCUUACAGCUCGUUUGCCUUCCACAAAGUGUCAGUCACCAUUUACAACAUCUCUAAUGCAAAAAAUAUUGACCCUGGCAAGUUCCCUAUGCACCACUGCUACUGUGUGAAUAAUGUGACAAAUGACUUGACAGAUUUUACAGCUCUACUUGUUGAUAUCAUUGGAAACUCCACCAGUUAUCUCACAGAAAUUUUCAAAUCCACUUCUAUUCUCUCAGUACGUCAGAGCAAUGACUCUGAUUGUAUCUACAUCUGUGUGAUGGCAGGGCAGACAGGGAAAAAUCUGUCUGAUUUUUUGGAAAUACUAGAUAAGUCUCCUGUUAUUAAUUACACAUUUUCCAGAAACACAUCAUCUGACCUGGACCUAGAUUCGAUUUUCUCAAGUUUUGUGAAGUUGCAGGAAGACUCAAACAAGACACUGGAUUCAUCAGCAGAACAUGUGUGGACAUUUAAAUCUACCAGGACCCCGCUCGCCCAGAAAGGAGCAGAAAUUCCCACCGUCCCCACCACGAGGUUCCCGCUGUGGCCAAGGACAGCUGGAGCCAAAGGCUUAUGGUUUCCAUCACCCCACGUGGAUGCUCCCAGGCCCCAGGGCAUGGCCAGACCCCCCCUGAGCCCUGGGGGGAGCCUGGCCCUAUCGCCAGCCCUGCAGCCCAGCCUCACUGACACGUCCAUGCUUUGGAUGCAGACAGUGUCUCCACAGGAAGCCAGCAAAGUGAUGCAAACAGAGCCUGAUUUGCCCUCCACAGUGCUGUCUCUGCCACCUUCCUACCGACCUGGUGUGACACUGAAACUGUACUCAGCUACCAGGUGCCCCCAGGGGAUGCUCAGAGAGCCCCGUGUCACCUCCCCUCCUGUCACCCUCGUAGUGCAGAAGAUCAACCCCUGUGUGAUGGAGCUCUGCAGGUUCUUUCAGCUGUGCCUCUGUGUUGGUCACAGAAGAUAUUCCAGAAAGGAAGCCAUGAGAUACUGUGUUGAAUACUAUUCCUGGUUUGUGAAAAAUGCAAGUUAUGUCUGCGAAAGAGUCCAAAGAGUUGCUUACUCCCACACAUUAAAGCAAAAAUGCCUUAAAAACAUCUGUACAUCAGUUUAGAGCACUGAGAAAUUUUACUGCAAGUUGGAAGACUGGUGGCAGUUUUAGUUUUCUUUUUGAUUUCUCAGUGUAAAAAUCAGAAAGCAACAUGUUAUUUGUAAAUAUUUGAAAUCAGACAAGCUAUUAACCAGAUGUUAAACUAGAAAUGUCUCCUCCUCCAAGUCAUUGUAAAAAUAAUGUCUAAAAAACAGAGAUUUUUAUACAAGUGAUGUAACUGCAAUAAAAACAUUGAAAGUCUUUA